AUGCAGACCUCCAUCUCGGAUACUCUCGAAGCCAGGCUCGCCAUCGACUUUCUGAAUGCUCAGCUAUCCGUGAACUACGAUGCCGCCUUGCAGCGUUAUGCGUUAUACCAGGAUGCGGUCUCCACGGAAGAUAGGAGGAAUUCAUACGCUUGGGCGAGGUUCAACUCAAGACAGAAGGGUCGCAACGCCGCAACGCUGGAAUUCGCGUUCAGAAAGCCACGACUUUCAUUUGUGUGCGACCACGAUGGACUGUUAACGCUUGAGAUCGAGCACGCCACACUCGUGACCCACGAGAGAGACGGGGCCAUUAGCAGGACCCCGCUGACCCACUGGCAUGACACCACGAGAACCUUCCGUAUCACAUCUGAGCGACGAACAAUCGUUGGCAACGAUGCUAAAGUGGGCGACCGCGAGAGUCGAAUUCACAUGCUGGUCUUCGACCUUGAGCAUGCCAAACCAGUUCCUCACAUCAACCACCGCGACAUGCACCUCGAGGAGCAAGCGAAGGAGUACGCCGAACUCGACAAGCAUCUACUCGGGUACCUCAAGGCGCUUCAGUCAGCUGGACACCAUGUUCUGUUCCUCGCUCCGGAGUUCGACGAGGACGAGUUCCGCUCCCCGACUCGUUUCUCGUUGACCUCCGAGAACCCUCCCGAGCUUCACGAUAUCGCUGGCUUCACUGCACCUAUGAUCAACCGCUACCUGUCUCUUCUCUGGUAUACGUCUGCUUUCGUAGCUCAGCAGCGGAAGGGAUUUGGUCAGGCGAUGUGGGACCAGACUACGUGUUUGGCGGGCUACCAUUCUUGGCUCUCCCCUGGGCAUGAAGCGGAGUGGCACUCAUCGUUCAUCAUCAGCCAGCCUCCACGAGCCACAGUCCUGUGCGGGCGUGAGGUGAUCCUGUACUUCACCCUAUCACAGAUCUCCUUCUACUACUCGGCGGAUUAUACGGAGGGUAUCGUCGUCAGAUCUGAGGCAGACUACGGCGACGAAGACUGGACGAUCGCUCUCGUGGUCGAUGUGACGGCGUCUAGUACGGGGAUGACUAUCCGUGCAGAUACGGCGCGCUAUGCCUCCCGUUUCUCUAACUAUUCUGACGUUUCGGAGGAACAUAUAGCUGCCCGCGACAUGCUUAUCACGUUCUUCGUCGAGCAAUACUUCAAGCUCGUGGCAGGAACACGCCUUCAGCAUCUGAUCCGGAGCGUACGGAAUGAGGUCAUCGUUACAAGAUCGACUGUUGACUCGGAUGGUAGCUGGUGGAUGCUAGAACGCGAUUCGAAGUUUGGAUCAACCGCCCUCGACAGCACGAUCAGACACACCAAGAUGCACGGUUUCGAUGUCGUCGUUGCCAUCUCGCAGACCUCCAUCAACGCCCAACUUCGUACUCGGCUCUCAAGGAUCCAGGAGUUGUUGAGGUGGGAACGCAGCGACUGUCUCAUAGAAAUCAAGUCGGUCUCCGUCCGACUGGUCUACUUGGAUGAGCCUCUCCUCACGGAAUCAGAACGCUCCCGCGCGAUCGUUACGGUCCACGUAUCAGAAGGCUCUCUCAUGUCACUUGUGAACAACCGCCUGGAGCUGAUGCCUCAAGACCAACCGUACCGCUUCGGAGAGUGUCGCCUCGCCUUCGAGGUGAAUCUUAGGAGCCGGGAGCAUUCGCAGCUGCACAAUCCAAACUACUCGCCAAAGCCGUAUUCGUAUCCCCUUUACGAGCCAACAGACUACGCGCUUCACCACAUCUAUCUGAACCUUGAGCAUGCGCAGCACUCGCCAGAGUAUUCUACCUUCGACGAGUCCUGGGAUCUGGAUGGCUUCAUUGAUCACCGCGUUCAGAUGACUGUCGUCGAUCGCAUACUCAAGGAGUAUCUGCCGGAGCUCAUGUCCCACGGGGCACACGUCAUCGCGAGCGUCCCUAUUUACAACCACGAAGCCGCCCCUGCAUUCUACCGUCUCACAAGCAUGGCCUUCCGAACGUACUCAGACGCAAAUGUCGCCAUUCGUGACGAGGCAGAGGCAUCCUCGUCGCGCCCCGAGCAGAUCUUAUUCGUGCUCGGUAUGACUGCGAGCGGUGUCUUGCCCAACAUCAAAACGUUCAAGCCCUCCGCGCGAUGGGUCGUCCAUGCCAGUGCCGGGUUCUCGCACGGCACAUUCGCGAUCUCGCGCAGUACUUUCCACCUUCGUCUACAUUCUCUCCUCGCGCGCGUCAACGCGCUCACUACUCUGGUGCCCGUCUCACCGUCGUACGAUGGCAUGGGAGGCGGGCGCGACAUCGUGCAGCAAUGGGCGAAGCACAAGGACUUCUCGAGCCAAUCAUGCGAUUGGAAGGCGGUUGACUCGGACGACAACCUCACCGCGGACAAGUUCGAGUGGCAGUACACGAGGGAGUGGAAUAUGUCGGAAGAAGGCACGAGGCUUGCCGUGAAAGGCAACUACUUCGUCUCCUGCACUACUCACAAUGAGCUUGAGCUGCCCGACGUCACGAUGCUUUCCAGUGGAUCGCUAGAAGUGAGGAUGUCGGGAACGAUCAAGCUACGCAUCGCGAGCACGCGUACCGACAACACAUGGAGCACCGAAUCUUCUGCCUUUUGGAAGGUCUCUAUUAACAUCAAGACCGCAGGCCGUGGGAUUGUCAAGGUCGAGGUCGACGGUAUCGACAACGUCAAGCAACUCCCACCGAAGACCGUCAUCCGACGCGGCAGCGCUGAGAUACCCGACGCGUACCAGAUCCUACAAGCAAAUCUCCCUCAGAAAGAAGACUUCGCCGACGUAUUGAAGGAGCUCGAGGAGUUACAAGGCGCCUGGAAGUAUUACUACCCUGGGACGAGCGCCUUCGCACUGUGCAGCCCCAUGUUCAACUUUGACGGCGAUCUCCUCUUCGAAUUGCGUCGCUCUCAAUCCAUCCUUCAGCACUCGUCCACCCAGAACGGGCUUGGUAGCCCCAUCUCGCCGCGUACUCGUGCCAGCCGAUCAGCUUCCCCAAGCCCUGUAUCUCCGCAGAACGGCGCUGGCCAGCGUAACCAACGUCCGCGUCAGUCGAGUUCCGUCGAGCGGAGGAGCGCUCCUAGCUCCCGCUCUUCGAGUCCAGUCCCUAGCGACCACGUCCGCGGACGAAUCACGCCCCCACCCACUCGGUUCGGGAAUCAGGGGAGGACCUCGAGUCCUACGAAACCCGUCAGCGAUUCGCCAUCCAGUCCGUCGCGGCAGGGAACUCCGGGUCUGCGAGGUGGGACUCAAAACCCUCCCGCUAAUUCGGUGGGUCUGAUAGACGAUGCGCUCGCGCGGUUCUGCUGCUGA